AUGAGUGCUGUGAAUGGUGACCUUGAAUUGAAUGAGGGUGUGGCUCUGCGACGAUAUGCUUAUGAAGAGCUAGAAGAGAUGACUAAUAAUUUCAAGGAAGAUCUUGGUAGAGGAGCCUCGUCAACAGUUUAUAAAGGGCUGAUUUUGGGUACCCAAAAGCCAGUUGCUGUCAAAAGAUUAGAGAAAGUUGCAGCCGAAGGGGAAACAGAAUUUCAGACUGAGAUCAGAGUUAUUGGGAGAACCCAUCACAAGAAUCUAGUCCAUUUACUUGGGUAUUGCCUUGACGGAGCUAAAAAGCUUUUGGUGUAUGAGUACAUGAGCAACGGCUCACUUGCAGAUGUGCUCUUCACCCGUGAAAGGCAACCAUUUUGGGAAGAAAGAAUGGGCAUUGCUCGUAACAUAGCGCGGGGGUUUCUUUAUCUCCAUGAAGAGUGUGAUACACAGAUCAUCCAUUGUGACAUAAAGCCUCAAAAUAUACUACUAGAUGAGUUCAUGUGCCCAAAAAUCUCCGACUUUGGAUUGGCAAAGCUGCUUAAGGCAGACCAAACUAGAACAACUACCGGAAUCAGAGGAACCAAGGGGUAUGUUGCACCGGAGUGGCAUAGGAAAAUGCCGAUAACGGUUAAAGCAGAUGUUUACAGCUUCGGAAUUGUGCUGUUGGAGAUCAUAUGUUGUCGAAGGAACGUGGAUUGGAGUCUUCCUGAGGAGGAGGCUAUUUUGGAUGAAUUGGCCUACAACUGUUUUGAGAAGGGUGAACUUGGCAAAUUAGCGGGUGAUGAAGAGAUAGAGAGAAGGCAAUUUGAAAGGAUGAUUAAAGUGGGACUUUGGUGCAUCCAGGAUGAGCCAUCGCUCCGUCCCUCUAUGAAGAAAGUUCUGCUGAUGCUGGAAGGGACCGUGGACAUCCCAACCCCUCCCAGUCCAAGUUCUUUUUUCAGUGCCAUUUAA